AAUUGUUUAUUUACAUCGGAGGCUACAAAAAAAGCUUUGAUACGUUUUCACUCUUUCUGAUGAGCUUGAAGUUCUAAAUGACAAUGUAAAUAUUGUGUAAGUAUUCUGCAAAUAGAUGUCAAAUACUGUAAGUGCUCAUUUCCUUCACUAUAGAUAGCCCCUCCCUGGACGAUAACUUCAAAAGCAUAAAAAAGAGGAAGUGAGAGAAAGAUGCAUGCAGCAGGGUGGUGUAAGUAGAAAGUCUAUUAAAGAUGGUGUUCUCUGGCUCGCAUGGUGGGGCAUGCAAAUGUUUUUAGGUCAACUUUGAAGACUCCCUUCACAUGAUCCUAUUCUUACUUGUGGAAGAAGGGUGUGUGCAACAUGGUGCUAUAAGUGGAUCACUGUAGAUGUCAAGUUUUAGUGGCACACAACAAUGAAUGCUCACACAGUUGGCUGGUUGGUGGUCCUGGCAAUAAUGAAAAAUGUUUCUUCUAGCAAAGAAACCUUCUUCAAACUGGUCACCAGGUCCCUGACAGCUAAAGAGGGGUCCUGUGUUAAAAUCAGCUGCCAAGUCAAUGACAGAGUGAACGCUACUGGUGCACACUGGUUUUGGAUAAAGGAUAGAGACUGGAAACAAGUUUUCACUGGCACCAUCAUUUACAGCUCGGAUACGUCACUCCGUCCGGUCAGCCCAGACUUUGCUGACAGAGUGAAAGGAAUUGAUUCUCUUUCACCAGAUUCAGGAGGUUAUCUUACAAUCUCACAAAAGAGCACUAUUAAACUCUGUAACCUGAAGAAGUCUGACAAUGGAAGCUAUUCUUUAAGAUUUGAAGGAGACAUAAAGUGGUUCACCGACCUCGUGUGGCUAAAAGUUGAAGCUAAUCCAUGCCUGAUCACUUUUGAGCAACCGCCCGUCAUAAAGGAAAACGACCUCAUAACACUCACUUGCUCCACUUUGAGAUCAUGUCGUUCAAACCCAGUGAUCAAAAGUUUGAGGCCACAGUCUCCGACUUUGCUCUCAUUGCAUCCAGAGAACAACAGUAGGAGCAUCUGGGAUCGUUUUAAUGUUUACUGGCAGCAUGACGGAGAGGAGUUUUCCUGUCAGACAGAUGACAGCGACGAAGAUUUGAUUAAAAAAAUCAGCUUAACUGUAGAAUAUGCUCCCAGAGACACACGGGCUGAAAAACAGCCUGCAGAUGUUGUGGAGGGAAAAUCUGUGACUCUCAGAUGCUCCGCUAAGGGACGUCCAGAUCCCAACUUCACAUGGUUCAGAAAUAAAAAUAAAGUAAUCGGAGGAAGGGCCGAACAUAAGAUCACGUUUAUUCUAGGGUCACAAAGUGGGGAAUACCAUUGUGAAGCUAAAAACAAACUGGGAACAAUGGAAUCAAACCCUGUAAACAUUAAUGUUACAUAUCCUCCUGAGGUUGAGGUGAGAUCCCCUCCUGCCACAGUUAUACAAGGAGGUGCGAUGACUUUGACAUGUCAUGUGAGGAGAAGCAACCCACGACCUCACACCUUCAGCUGGUUCAAGGACGGGAAAAACCUGGGCAAGGAGCCGACAGAGCGGUACGUCAUCGAAGGAGUCGAGCCCGAGGACGCAGGCGACUACAAAUGCUCGGCCAUUAACGUCCGAGGGGAAGGAACAUCGGAGCCCUUUAGAGUCCAAGUUGAAUAUGGCCCGAGGAACACGACCAUUUCCAUCAGUGAAGGUGAUGAACGUGUGAGAGUUGGUAAAUCUCUGACAUUUUAUUGUCAGACUGAGGCCAAUCCCGACCCGCUUGGAUACUCGUGGUACCGAGACAACGAAACCAUCGAGAUUGACUCCUCACGGUGGGAGUCCGAUACAACCACAGAUAACAAACUAAAGCUGGUCACAGUAGAGAGAACAGAUGAAGAUUGUUACACGUGCAAAGCAACCAACAGAAUCAAUACAGGGGAGCAAAGCGAGCCAGUGUGCAUAGAAGUGCUCUAUGCUCCCAUCAGUCCAUCACUUUCCAUGAAGACCGAGGUCAUGGAAGGUCAGCUGAUCACCAUCAGCUGCACCGUAGAAAGCUCCCCGCCCUCAAAGCUCACCUUGACACUGACCUCAGAAUCAAAUCCUCAGUCUUCAGAGGUGCUUUUCACUCAUCCUGUUAGUGACCAGCGGCCCAACAAUCUCAACCACACGUUUAACGUCACUUCCCUCCACGCUGGCUUUUACACCUGCGACGCCACCAACACCGAAGGCUCAAAGACCAGUGAGCAGAAGAAGCUGCUGGUGAAAUAUGGUCCCAAAGACGUGACGGUAACAGCUCAGCCGUCCCUCGUCGUGGAGGAGAAGAAGCCGGUGACUCUGGAGUGCAGCGCCCGGUCCCACCCACCGGUGUCCUCCGUCACCUGGAUGAAGACGAGCGAUGGCGAGACCGAGAUCCUCAGGAAGACGAAGACCUUCUCCCUGAAGUCGGUGGUCCCUUCCGACAGCGGACUGUACAGCUGUGAAGCGAGCAACGACAUGGGAACCGGAAACUCAGCGCCAACCGAGCUUAAAGUCAAGUAUGCCCCGAAGCUGACAAAGGUCACAGAGACGGAGCACUGGCAGGCCGACGGCAAGAGUUUUGUCAAGCUGAGCUGCAGCAGCCACAGCUACCCGCCGGUCACAUGGUACGCGUGGUACAGGAUGAACGACCAGGAACCCAAUGAAAAGGUGUCCGACCGUCAGAGCUACCUGGUGAGUUCAGACCAUCCGGGAUCCUACUACUGCGUCGCACGGAACGAGAUGAAUCAGACACAGUCCAGCCCCGUCCAUCUGUUUGAGGCCACAGGAAACACCAUGAGGACGGUGUUGAUCACCCUGUUUGUCCUCGUCAUCAUUUCCUUGAUUGUCGUCGUCUACAGACAAAAGAGGAAGAGAUCAAGUCAACAAGCAUCUACAAACACAUGCGGUUUGGGUUCUCUGUGGGAACCCAUUCAGCGUCGGCGGAAAAGCGGCGAGAGGAAUCGGAAGAAGGACCCCGCUGCAGGAGAGCCUUUCAGGAGCAGGGAGGACCACCUGCCGUACCAACUGCACCAUCCAGAGGCCCCACGUGGCAGGCCUCAUCCAGAGAGCACACCUGCAGCCGACAUCCACAGCAUUUACUGCACCGUGAACCAGCCCUCGGGACAACACGAUCCUCCUGCACUGAACCCAAUCACUGAGAAAGGUGGGAACACACCGGAGGAUUCCCUCAACUACGCCUCUGUGCACUUUGGAAAAAUGAACCAACGGGCAAAGGGGGUAGAAGAUCUGUAUGCUAAAUUGUCCAAGAAAAAGCCCCCUGAAAAGAGCGAUGAAAGGCAGGAGGACUACGAGAACGCCAGCUCCGCCCACGUGGCCAGAGAUCCGGAUCCAUGGAGCUACGACACGGAGACCAGCGAGGAGGAGGUGGAGGUCCACUAUUCUCAGGUGAGCUUCACGGUGAAGCCCGGACGAGGCGGCUGGAACUCCAGCAGCUCCGAGGGAGACGAGACGCGGUACUCUGAGGUCAAAGUGUGAGAUGGCUGAGUUGCUCCGGCAGGUACUUUCCAGGUGCAGCCAGUUGUUAAAUGAGGGAGCGAAACCUGAGCUUAAACUAAACAAGCAAAUUUGUAAGCAAAUUAAAAUACUUUUUUGAUCAAACUCCUGCUUUGUGAAAGAAAGAAGGUGUGAGCUAAUGAACACACUUUUAAAAGUUAUUGAUAUGUUUAUGACAUUUGUGAACAGUACAGGAUGACAUGGUGUUAUUGUUGUGCAAUGUUCCUUUACUGAUACUUGUUGAUAUAUAUAUAUAUAUAUAUAAAAAUCAGGUAAUGUGCAUGAGUUCAUGUUAAUAAUAUGCUUUGAAAUCUGCUCUUGUGUAAACCGGCAACUUAUCAGAGAGAAUUUUCCUCUUUUUUAUGAACUAGCUCAAAAAUAUCAAUGUAGAACAAUCACAAUGAUUAUUAAAGACGUUACAUACUGUUUUUUAAUUUAUUCAACAAAAAACAGCUUUUUUGUCCCUUUUUUUUCAAAAUACUUG